GGGGAUGAGGCUGAAGAACGAGGCUAAUAUAACAGUUGCUUUGGUUCCUUUCAUCAACUGUUUGAUACUUCUGUGGGAUACUCGUUAAUUAGAACCCGAGGAUGGCAGAUCCUGGAUCGGUGAUUGGUACAGUUGCAGCUGUUUUGCAACUAGCACAGACCGCUUGUAAAGCCGCCCUGGAGCUUUAUAACUUCUGCUCGGUUGUUCGGAAUGCACCCCAAGAGAUUAUCACAAUCAGCCGAGAUGCCCAUGCAUUCUACAUGACGAUCUCCAAUCUGGAAAACUCCCUCCGCAGCGACACAGUAGCAACAGUCGUAAGCAGAGACACGGAGAUUAUGACGUCCUUAGAGACGCUGAAGAUCCCAAUUGAAAAUUGCUCCUUAGCGUGUGAAGCGAUUUUGGAGAAACUUCAACCACAUCCCCGAGUUGAUGGUUCCUCAUCUCAGGACGCGACGAUAACUGAUACGACUGAUGGUACAUUGCCAAUCCAACGAAGAUUCAGCCGUGGAAACGUGAUGUGGUAUUUCAAACGGAAGGAAAUUCUUGCUUUGGGGGCGGACUUGGAGCGAAGUAAAGCGACACUUGGGAGCGCUAUGGGGAAUGCAAUUUUUUUGGUUGCACUGAAAAUCCGUGCGGUCGUGGACACCGGUAUCAUAGUCCAAGGGAGCCUUGACACCAACGACGAUCUUGAUCCAUCUUUGACUGGACGCCCUGCAUCACAGAGUAUCGGCGAAACCCAAGGACACUAUCGAUUCAAGGACCUAGGGUCGGCGUUGACGAAAUAUGCUGCACUGGUGCUUGAUCCGCCCAUCGAUCAUUUCCGCCUCUACGAGCUGGAAGCCUAGGCAACUGUCGAUCUGUAAGAUAAGCACCUCCCGAUAAUCUCCUACAUUACUGUGUGUUUUGGUAAAUUUGUUUUUCCUGGCACAGGCAUUAGCUCACAUCUUGCACAGUGGUUGUUCGAAGGUUGGAUUUGGGGUGAGCUCGUUUGAUAAACUGCCACAGAAUGCUGGGCAAGCUGGCGACCAACCUCGAGCUUUGUGAGGAACCCAAAUCACUAUGGGAACUAGAGACCUUUGUAGUUGGACAGUAAGGUUGUUGUAUUUAUUUUGCGCUCGGGCAUUCCAUUAUCCACAGUGUCUAGAAUAUACUCCGUUGACUUUUGGGACACGAGACAAUUGAGCUGAACUUUACAAGAAGUGACACUAUGGUAGAAGG